AUGGCCGCUGCCAAUUUCUCUGUAUACGUUUUCACUGGGGCGGAAAUCCACUGGCGCCAAGCCAAAUCCUUUACGAACGAUACGGCUGCCAUACGAACUCUCCUCACAGGACUGACCGGAUUUUUGAUUGGAGAGGGACUGCUGUCGAUGGUUGCAGUUAUAUCUGCACGGCCUGUACAUAAGCUCACCGGUCGUAUUUUACAUGUCCUGGUAUGGCCAUUUCAGUGGUUGUUCCCUCGUGUGCGACCGUACGUCGUGCGACCGUUGGAACGACUACGAAACCGAUCCCAACCAUCCACCCUCCCCGACCCGGAAAUAUACGAGCGCAUCGCAUUGCAGGAUGAUUAUUUCAAUGAUUCAAGCGAUGAUGACGAGUCGGAUUUCUUAAUUGAUGCCGCUGCUGGCAGUGGCUCCCAGAAACAGACCCGAAUUACGGAGAGAGCUCUACCUCGAGCACUCAUGCUGCUCGCGUUUUGUCUAUUCGUGGUACUUCGGCUAUGCCGGCCCUCGGACCCCAUGUACUGGUUCCUUUCGGGUACAUUGCCUAUGGCAUCCUUGUUCGAAGGUGGCCAUGGCGAUUCGCCUAUUGAAAUCGGGGGAAUACCUCGUCAAUAUGACUACCUGGCUAUGGCGUCGUCUUUGCAACCGCCGCAAUCAUUCGGAUGGAUGCCGAAUGAUCCUGUCCAAGGCUUUGAGGAUUGGGACAGGUCAGACCCAUAUGCCCUUCAUUAUAAUGCUGAUAUGGCUCCGCUUCAUAUUUCUAAUCUUGACCACCCCGUUCUUGAGCCCAUCCGAAAGGCGUUAGCUGAAGGCAGUGUCAAAAUCAAACACGUGGUUUUGAUCAAGCUCGAGAGUGCGAGGGCGGAUAUCUUCCCUCUACGGAAGGAUUCGUUUAUGUUCGAACGCAUUGCGGAUUCUUGGAAGGAUAGGGUCAUUCCCGACGAUGUCUUGCAGCGGAUCGCAAACUUGACCCCAACUGCCGAGUAUCUCACAGGCACCCGGACAGGGUUCAACUCUAGUGAUAACGAAGAUACCGGAAGCAAGUCCUACGGUGGUCUCACAGCAAAGAGCGCCUAUACGACCGCCACCUACACGCUUAAAAGCUUGACGGGCACCCUCUGUGGCGUGACACCGUUAGUGGCCGAUUUCAAUCGCGAGUGGGAACAUCACAUUUACCAACCCUGCUUGCCUCACGUAUUCGAAAUGCUCACUCAGCAGCCCGGUAUCAGCAACGAGACCGAAGACUUUACCAAGUGGCCAUGGCAUUCGAUGUGGAUGCAAUCUGUCACUGAAGGAUAUAAUAAUCAGGACAAAUUGACUCCGAUGCUGGGAUUCAAGGACAAGAAGACCAAGGAGAUCAUCGAGGGCCCCGAUGCCAAGUAUCCACCGAAAGGUGAGGAAGUGAACUAUUAUGGCUAUGCCGAUACCGAGCUGGAGGACUAUAUACGCGAUGCUAUUGACGAUGCGGAGCGCGAUCACGAACGUCUCUUCUUAACGCAUUUGACGGGAACUACGCACCAUCCCUGGGGACUGCCAGGAGAUGUAUAUGACCAGAUUCUUGGCUCCUUGACGGGGCAGAAUGAGGAUCUAAAUCGGUAUCUGAACACCGUCACUUUUGUGGAUAACUGGCUUGCGACCAUCUUGGGAAUCCUCCAGGAGAAAGGUGUGGCUAACGAGACCCUUGUGGUGAUGGCUGGGGAUCAUGGCCUGUCUCUUCCAAAUGACGGCGGCAUCACUCCCUACGACAACCCGCACGUCGGCAACUUUCACGUUCCCAUCGUCUUCGCCCACCCACAUCUACCACCAGUCGAGAUUACUACUCCAGUAAUCAGCAACCAGAUUGUCCCCAGCAUCAUCGAUCUACUACUCGAGUCCUCAUCCCUCAGCGAGGCCACCGCACCAGUCGCCCGCGACAUCCGCUCCCUUUACGAAGGCCAAUCCCUCAUCCGAACAUUAAUCCAAGAGAAAGACGGCCGACAAGACUGGCAGUUCACCGUGAUGAAUACCGGUGGCUCUUGGCUUAGCGUCCGCUCCGCCGCCAAGCCACAAUUCCGUCUGGUCAUCCCGCUGGUGACGGACGUCGAGUGGAGGUUCUCGGACUUGGACAAAGACCCCAAUGAGGAUCAGCCAAUCUCUCGAUUUAGCUUGUUGGACUUGGCUGAGACGAUUGGGAAGAAAUAUGACCCAGAGGUUCUCAGUUGGCUUUGGGAUGCGGCUUACGUUGCUAAUUGGUGGGUCGCUGAGAAUUGGCAUCGCUACUGA